UUAUCAUAGCAACCUAUCUGGUAUAGCCCUGCGGACUGGGAGAAGUAAAAAUAUGCCGGAGGAGGAGAGAGCGUCGACACCUACGGCUGUCUUACCUCCGAUCGGUCGAGUCUCCCCUGAUGACAUCCAUCAAUUAACACAGUCUGCUGAUUUAGGAGAAGAACAGUAUUAUUCGUCAUCUCCUGUCAUAGACCUGCCUCCAGGCAAUGGAGAAUCCGUCCCCAGAAUUGCUCGAGGUUUCAAACGUGAGACUUCCCAGCCCGAUCAAAGUACAUUUACAACUGCAUCUCUGCCAUCAACAUCAAUAUGUACAACUGACAAGCCCAACAAACGAGUGGUGUCAUUUGUGGCCCAGGAGAGGAAAACACCUGAACGGCGAGAAGUCAUCCUCCAGUCUUUUGAGACACAGACAGACUGGGACUGGUUAGAAGAUGCCAUCCUUGAUGAGAGUGUGAAAAUACUGGAACCUAGAUUCAGCCCAGCUUCAACAAACUCUGAUCAGACUGAUGGGAAGCAGUCAAUAGUAAAACAAGAAUCUGCAGAAUCUAUUGUUCAAAGUACAUCCGAGGCGGAGCUUGAGGAAGAGGAGAAGAAAGAUGAAGAGGGUCCUCUGCCCUAUCCUUAUUCAAAUGAUGAGUUUGGGGUCCCCUUACUCGACCUCAGCAGUGAUAGCGAGAUGAGUUCAGAUGAUGAAGCAGAAAAACCCAAACCGAAUGAUAAACUUUUACCCAGCGUUGGUCCUCCACAAAUAUUACAGUACAAUCGAGAAUCUGAACAGAAGACACCAGUCGUCGCCGAGCCUCAAAUUGAGGAUACAUCAGAGUCUUUGAAGGAUUAUCCUCAAGAUGAAAGCGGAAAUGUGCAUGGGUACUUCAGCGGAGUAUGCGAAUUCUGCGGCGGCGAAAUUCGUCCAUUCCCGACUGCAGAGCAACAACAACAACUGUUGCCAGAAAAGCUCUACUGUUGUGAGGCGUACCGUAAUUUCAUUGAAAGUGUACUCAAUGAGGAGAAAGCUACGCCCACUAAGACUGUUAUUGACGUGAAACCCCACGCUCACUACGGCAGCAAAAAGGAGCGAAAAAAGGCACAGCAGAAAGCUCAGCUGAGGAUGCGAGAGAGACAGUUGCUACGGCAACAGCAGCAGUCUGUGCAGAGUAGUUCUCAGCAGUCCAGCCACUAUCACACUGGUUCUCGGCAGUCCAGGAAAGCGUCUGAGCGAAACACACCACCUUUUGGGAGAGAAGGAAAUGCUCUUCAUCAUCAAUAUGGCAAACAGUCAAAGCAUUCUUCGCUGGAUCACAACGAACGAUCUCCUGGAUACACUCUGGUUGGGACCCCUGGUAGGUUGACCUUUAACCCAUAUCAAGAUUUGGAACAAAUCUUUGUGGCAGACGAUCGUCAACCAGAUCACGUGACAGAGAAACAACGCCACCUCGAAGUGGGGCCCCAUGUGAGGAAACCCCAUAAAAUGACAUCGCAUGCGAAUUUGCUAGCCUCGAUGUCGUCCUCCUCCAAAGAUAGUGGACUUCAAACAGAAAGAAAGACUUCACGAAAAGUUGCCCGUCAGAUGAAAACCAUCAACUACCAGCUCUCCUCUCAGCGGUGUUUGGAGGAGGGCUGGACCGUCCGUCCCCCUAGUCCCUUGUUGCAGGAUGAGGUAGAAGACAUUUUUAUCCCAGAGCCCCUAGAUCCGGCAUUUGCCGCACUCAACAAGAACCGGAAGAGGGAAUUAAUACAGAAGUUUUAUGAUGAUGGCACGCCAUACCUCACCAUCUUCCCCGACGGAUCCGGAAACGUUUUUUAUCACUCUGGUAACGUUGCCAUAGUGGUCUCGUGCCCUGAGCCCGGACAGUAUACCUUUAUGGUACUGGAGACGAUCUGGGGGCCCCCAGAACCUGGCGAGAUUCAUAAAGUAUCGAAAUGCGUGGGAGUGUUCGGCUCAAAUGGCCACGCCUCAUGUUGUUACGGCAACGGAAAGCUAAGACUUUUCAUGGAUGAAUACAUGGGUAUUGAGUUGGACCGGAUAGGCGCGAAGAAACGGAAGUGGUUCUGGAAUGACACAGAAACGCACGUUCACGCACCUCCUUUCCAGCCAGUGUGCUUCGCGCUCACUCCGCACAUCGCGGUGCGCGUGAUGUCGCAGGAAAACAUGACCUUGACCUUCAGGUGUAAGAACAGGAGCUGUAGACUUCCGGUCGGUGCCAGGUUAAAGUUGGUGAAUCCUGAAAAUUUCCCUGCCAAAGAGGUCGACAGCGACUACCUGUUCAUUAGCGAAAAGAAGGCCUUAACUCAAACAAUCCUGAACAGAAUUUCCAACUUGCUGCAUUUCCCCAAAUCGCCAAAGGUCGAAAAGAUGUUACCGCCUCUUCACAUAACUUCGAGAGUUCACAAAAACGAGAUGAUGCAACACCAACGCGACGCAGCCAUGGCAGCUGCAGAGGCCAAGAAAACCAAACAGAGACCAAUUCGACCCGUCGUCGUGUCUUAACUGAUAGCCAACUGAGAAUUGCUGGUUUCUUUUCCAAUUUUUGUGGGGAAUGUCAGGAGGGUGUUGUACUAGAGGCUUGCGUUUAUCGAAUAAGGUAUAUAGCGUCAGUCUUGUUUUGUAGGUACGUUUUGGAAGGGUUAGUUCCACAUUAGGAGGAAGUGUUGAGUUUAGACUACAUAAAGAGAAAGAGAUAUUUCAGUCAUAAUAAUAUGAGGAUAAUUGGGAAAGAGUCGCAGCGAACACGAAGAAGGAAACUAGUUUCACGUUUUAGAAGUGUCCAGCAUCGCCAGCAUAGGUAAAUAGAGGAAUUGAUCGACUUUGACCUGUUACUUGUUUUUGCACUUAAUGAAUAACCUUAGAGAUGACUUUAGAUAAUUGUCAGUACUGAAUGUAUGUUUUAGGCUUUCAAAUUCGGUCGGCAGCUGAUCUGCCUGGUUUCAUAGUCUGGGUCGCCGCAGCUUGCCAGUGUCCAACAUAUUUGGUUUACCCUAAUAUUUAGUCCUGAGUCAACAAGAGCACGUUGGAAAAAAUCGAUUUCGCACAAAACUUUGAACUGAGUCGGUCCCGUUUUUUGUUGUUGAGUAUAUUGAGGAAGUUUGUUUGAAUGUCUAUUAAUGUGGUCUUUCGUACGUUACGCGAUAGUGUAGGAAAUAAUAUAUUAUAGAGUUAUUUUAUGUCUAUAGUGCGUAGUUAAAGGACAUGGACGGCUUUGCAAUCUGAGCAAAAUACUUUGGUUCAGAGGAACAGUAAAUAAUUGCAUUGUAGUUUUUGUAUUAAAUAUUAUAAAGUCACUGCUUCGCUUUAUGAAAUUUGUCAUACAGAAGCUGUAGUGAGUUUCUCACAAUUGUAAGCGCACGUUAUCUAGAGCCUAUAAAACAGCUAAAUAUGUUUGUACUUUACGUUGAUGUUGGUAUGUUGUUCAUAUUUUAUAUUGAGAGUAAUUAAUUUAGUUUAAAAUAUUUAAGACAAAUAUUUGAAUCCCGUAUUAUUAAUUUAAUGUGAUAGGAGGCCAAAUCAGUUCAGUAUUAUAACGUCUGUUUAAGCCGUAUUGCGUGAAAUAAAACAUGCAAUUAAUGUGCCUUGUGAUUUUUCCGUGAACACUUCGGGUACAAAAUCACUUUUAAUGUUUCUUAAGAGAUAUUUUUAAGCUCUGGAAAUUAACGAAUAAUUACAUAUUAAAUGAAAAUAAAGUUGGAUACAGGAAAGCACCCUGCAGUGGUACCCGUUAAGAGAAAGACGUUUUUCAGCUUUGGUCAAUCCAGUUAAAUGGAAUCAUCUUAACGUUGUAUUAAUUGGAAUAUUCUAACCAUGUAUUAAAUGGAACAUUCCUGCUUAACAAAAUACGUGCCGAAGUUAGAGAUGAUUUUUUUAUUUGUUGGGAGGGUAGUUGGGGUCAUGAACUGAGUUGAUAAAUUAGUGAAGUAGUGAGUUACGUUCGUGAGAUGUUUGUCAGAACUGUUAUGUUAACGGAAAGUGUCCGGGCAACUGUUAAGCCCCUUUGCAAUGUGGUAGGUGUUACGUGUUUGAAGUGAAAUGUUAAUAAGGCUGUUUCUCUCAAGGAAAAUUCAUUAAAAUUGAUACGUUAACAACAACCACGCCUAGGAAACACUUCGUCGAUCAGAAAAGUUUCGGUAGAAAGUUAGAAAUGUAUUAAAAUUUUAUUCUUUGAAAUUUUGACGACAAGCAUGUAUACACCAAAUUCUACGGGUACACUUUUAGUUCGUAUGUUUUCUGUGAAAAGAUAAUGGUGCCGUGGUGGUUACAAGGAGUGUGGUGUGUAUAACAGGUGGGACAGUUAACAACUUAGUGCAAACUAGCUUCUUCCCUCUCACGUUUGAUUGUGUACAACAACGACAAAUCAUCUAGAUAAGGGUAAAAUAGUAAAUUUUAUAGUAUUCUACUUUCUUCUUGUGAAGUGGAUAAGCAUGUAUUAUAAAUGGUAACAUUAUUAAAAAUGUGUAUAUACCUUAAUCGUGACAGACUGGUGUACUUUGAUGAUCGUGUUGCGUUGGACACUUGGAUACUCUGUUUACUGCUGGUAUUUAUCUUAACUUUACAUGCUGCUGAUUUUGUAAUUUUUAUAAAUGGCUGUGUCGUAUGAUCGUAUAUUCUAACUGUUUUAUUUUACUAGAUAUAUUUUGCUGCCGGUUUUUAAAUAUUUUAAAAUUAUAUACUCUUUACAGAUAUUUCAGUGUGUUGU